UGGGAAUCAAAAAAAAACAAGAAAAAGAUUGUUAACAGUUUUCUUGUUGGUGGGCUUGUUGGUCUACUUUUUUCAAACAAUAUAAACUCUGACUCGUCGGCCGACCAAUUCGCCGAAGAUCUGCUCUAUCACCCAGCGUCUGCGACAGCGUCAAUCAUCUUGCACUUGUAGGUACUAGGACUUUUUGUGCCCGCUGCUUCUGCAUCUGCGGUCACGGUCUUCAGUCGUUAGUGUCAUUGCGGCGCGCGGCUCUUUUCUUCUUUCUUUUUCUUGAUCUUGUGUCCUGAAUCUGAGCAAUUUGAUGCCAGUAUUACGAAGACCGUGGUGAGAAACGAAGAACCCAGCAUUUUCACACCAUCUUCAAGAACGUCUUUUUAAUGCAUUUGUUUAGUUUUCCGCCGACGGCUUGAUCUUGAAGACCACGACGAACUGGCAAGACAAACAGGACUAUACGCCGUAUGGGACAAGCGGCCAUGAGCUACCCUCUCCACCAGCGGAAGAUGUUUGCAUUGGUCGCUUCGUCUUCGUUUUUUGCCCCCGUCGUGAUACUACUCUUCGGGUGCAGCUGCUUCUUCCAGUUCGACCUUGCCGCGUCGUCCGCUGCCACCACUAAUCUUCCCGAAGUUUACAACGACAAGGGGCAGCUGAAGUGCUACAUUGACAGCGACACCUCGCAUCCGAAGUGCAACCAUGCCUUGGAAACGGACAUCGAUUUGUCGUUCGAACCAAAAACCAUGUCGGUCGUCCUGCCCUGCGCGAACGAACACGAGUACGCCAGGAAAACGGUGCAGGCGGUGUUUAAGUCCUUUCCCAAGGCGGAAAGGGACAAGCUGCUAGAAAUCAUUGUCGUUGACGACGGCUCAAGCCCGCGGCUGGACGAAAGGUGGAUCAACAAGAAAGUGCAGCGAAAGUUUAAUACGACGGUGGUACGGCACGACACCACGCACGGUUUAAUCGGGGCGAAGAAAUCUGGCGGAGACGCCGCGAAGGGAGAUAUUGUUGUGUUUUUUGAUUGCCACGUCGCGCCGCAGAAAGACUGGUACACAUGUUGAGUGAAGUUCAUCAUUUUCAUUUCGGGACGUAAAUCUGAAUAUGUAUAUGAAUAUCAUGAAGUUUCUUUCGCGCCUUUCGCCGACCUGUUGAGUUUGAUGGCUUGCAGGACGAGAUUCCGGUGCUGAAAUAUGUAAGUAAUAUGACGAAACCCUUUCCCAUGCACUGAAAAUAUUAAAUCUAGGUACAAGCCGUUCUUCUCGAAAAUCGGGGAGAACUUCAAGCGGAUCAUAGUCCCCAUGAUCACCGACCUGGACAUUGACACGUGGACAGAACGACUACGCAACAACGGACAAGCGAAAUGCUAUCUCACCUUCGACGCAGAUUUUAAAUGGUUCAAUUCUGCGGACGACGAUGUUCCUGUUCUCUCCGGGGGUCUACUAGGGAUGUCGCGCCGGUGGUGGCACAUGACGGGCGGGUACGACCCAGUGAUGCGGGGGUGGGGCGGAGAGAACCUGGACCAGGCGUUGCGGUCGUGGCUCUGUGGAGGCGAAGUGAAAAACGCGCCGACCAGCUACGUGGCGCAUAUGUGGCGGGUACCGCACGACUCGAGGACGACCGCCAGAUUUACCACGCCGCCGAAUAGUGUCAUGGUUAACAGGUAGAAGUUGAUUUAUUUUCGUCGAUGUUGUUGGAGAUUGAACUUGUGAAGAAAGAGAUCAAACGCGACGAAGCUGUGUCUUCUAUGUGAAAUUCAAAUGGAAAAAAAGCUUCAUCCGCCGUCGUGAAUGUUAAGUACGUACGAAGAUCAUGAUAAACUACAUCACAUGAUGUUGAAAAAAGAAAAUCAGAUUCCGCGCAGCAAAGGCUUGGACGGGGCUUUACGCCGACAAAAUGUCUGAAGAGUUCAAAUACGGCCCGUACGCGCGCGGCGUGAAAGAUCCGGACGAAGCCAGCGGCAAAGCCCCGUGGUACGGGAAUAUCAGCAACAUUCUGGAGAUCAAAAACAACCUCCAGUGCCGCGACUUCUCCUGGUUUAUCUGGCGGUUUGGUUUGGUCUACCUGAAGGGCGGAUUGGUUCCGGAGUACACUUUCAUGCUGCGGUGGGACCACCGAACGGCUGUCACGAAAAUCGAGCCGGAGUCGAACUUCAAAAAGGAUAAAUCGCUCGGGGUCGACGGCUUCAAAUCCAUCGCAGAGCGGGAGGAGCUGGUGAAGUCGACGGACUACAAUAACCGGCAGUACAACCCGAAGAAGAAUGAUAUGUGCUUGCAGUACAUGAAGGGACCGGGGACCAGUGGGGACGGUCGGGGGCACGUGGAGAUGAAGCCGUGUGACAGCGACAACCACCGACAGCGGUUCCACUGGGCGAAUAAGUCGAAGUUCCCCGGGAUGCGGGGCAUUCGGGCGUGGAACACGGACCAGUGCUUGGACGACAUUCCGAACAACGGAAAAGUCACGACGUAUGUCUGUGACGUCGCUGGGGAGGCAAUGGGGCAGCAAUGGUAGAGGAUUUCGAUUGAUUUUGAGUCGAGGUAGCAGUAGUUACAGGCACUGGAACGUGAAGUAGGCUGUACGAGCUAGUAGAGACUCAUAAACAUAAUCCCCUUGCGCUUUUGCAUGACUCACAUUUUGUUUCCCGCAAGUGCAAGGGGUCAGCGUCAAAUUAUCCAAACAGGGGCUUCGAUCUUUUCGGCAAUUUGAUCAAGAAUGCGCACCCGGGCAGCCACGGUAACCGACACCGGUGCAUGGACGGCGGGAAGUUGAACGAGGGGACUUGUCGGGACGCGAACACCAAAGCCCGGGGCUACUGGCGCAUGGAGAAUUACAACAUUCCAAAAGAGCGGGAACUCUACGAACGAGCAUGGAUCGACACACCGGAGAUUUUUCAGGGCGGGAAGGCAGAAGGACGGGUUGGAACAGGGCUGGAUGAUGAGUUGUGAGGGACCCGGUUCUCGAUUUUGCACGAUUAACUUCCUUGCUACUAGUGAUGUCAUUCUUGCCGAUUUUCAUUUUUUUGCAGGCGAGACUAGCACUUCCAAGAAGAACACCGCCCCUGCAUGGCGAUCCACACAGGGCGGGAGCCCCAGCUGCAAUUACAGAAUACAGCACUGCUACUUCGGCACAAGCCGCAUCUCGGCGGCGGCCGCAGCGUGCAAGAAUAAGCUUGGUGUCACGUAGUUGGCACAUGUCUCGCCUCUGUAAAUCUGGGCGGGCGGAUCAUAUUCGCGCGCGUUGAUGUUGUGCGAUGUUGUUCC